AUGCUAUUUAAAAGUUUGGUAACUAGUGCUUUGGCUUUAACAGCCUUCCAAGCUGCUUCUGUCUCUGGUGCCACUGCUAACGUUACUGCUCCUAUCAAUGUCACUGGUAAUGCUUUCUUCAAUUCAGAAACUGGUGAACGUUUCUAUAUUCGUGGUGUUGAUUACCAACCAGGUGGUUCCUCCAAUUUAACUGAUCCUCUAGGUGAUACUUCCAUUUGUGGUAGAGAUAUCCCAGUAUUCAAAAACUUGGGUAUUAACACUGUCAGAGUUUACACCGUCGAUAACUCUCUGGAUCAUUCAGAAUGUAUGAAAAUGUUACAAGAUGCUGGUAUCUAUUUGAUCUUGGAUGUUAACACCCCAGGUAGUUCCAUUUCAAGAAUUAAUCCUUCUUGUUCAUACAAUGCCGCUUACUUACAAAACGUGUUUGCUACUAUCGAUGCAUUUGCUGAAUACGAUAAUGUCUUAGGUUUCUUUGCUGGUAAUGAAGUCAUCAAUACUUCUAAUACCACCAACACUGCUACUUAUGUUAAAGCUGUUGUUAGAGAUAUGAAAAAAUAUAUCAAGGCUAGAAAAUACAGAUCUAUUCCUGUUGGUUAUUCUGCCGCAGAUAUUGCCUCCAAUAGACAAUUGGCUGCUCAAUACUUCAACUGUGGUGAUGACGCUGAUGCCAGAAUUGAUAUGUUUGGUGUUAAUGAUUACUCUUGGUGUGGUCAAUCUUCCUUCCAAACCUCUGGUUACGCUGAAAAGGUUCAAAUCUACAGUGGUUAUUCUGUCCCAAUUUUCUUAAGUGAAUUUGGUUGUAAUGAAAUUAAAUCAGGUACUUCAAGACCAUUUACUGAAAUUCAGGCCAUUUACUCAUCAAGAAUGAGUUCUGUUUUCUCUGGUGGUUUGGUUUAUGAAUAUUCUAAUGAAACCAAUAACUAUGGUUUAGUCGAAAUCACUGGUUCUGAUUCUGUCAAAUUGUUGCAAGAUUAUGACAACUUAAAGAGUCAAUACAGCAGUGUUUCCAACCCAGCUAAUGAUGGUGGAUAUUCUACUACCAACAAUUAUUCAACUUGUCCAGAUUUCCAAAAGAAUGUGUGGGAAGCCAAUAACACUCUACCAGAAAUGCCAAGUGCCGCAUCUGCUUACUUCACUUCAGGUGCUGGUACACCUUUAGGUACUAUUUUAUCUACCCAAAACGAUUGUCAUAAUGAUGCUGAAGAUCUUGAUGCUUCCUCCUCUGAAUCAGCUAGUUCUUCAACUUCUGAAUCUAGUAGUUCAUCAUCCUCCUCCUCCUCAUCAUCCUCCUCCUCCUCUUCAUCAUCUUCAACUUCCUCCUCAUCCCAAUCUAGCUCUGCAUCAAGUUCCAGUUCUUCUUCCUCUCGUUCCUCUAGCAGUUCAAAGGGUUACGCUAACACAAUCCAAGUUCCAUUCUUCAUCCAAAUGCUAGCACAAGUCUGGACUUUAUUGUUAUAA